AUGUAUAGUUUUGUGGCUGAAGCUGCGAUCGGUGAGUUGAGUUUCGUUCUACAUGUCGUGGGUUCACGUGUAUUGUUCAUAGAGGAAUUCAGUGACCCCGACGCGAACGGUUUCUAUAACAGUCCACCGGUGUUCGAUGAAGGACCGGAAGAGGUAGAGGAGCGUCUUACCGGCGACAUGGGUGGUCUCGACGAUGGUUCAUCGAUUUUCAAGGAGGAGCCUUUAGGGUCGGAGGAAGAUAUGAGCACCAGGGAGAUUAUUGCCAGGGUCGGAGAUGGCCGCGAGGGUCCCUACCGGGUCGUCGGGGAAGGCCGAGAUUUUAUGAAGGCGUGUUUUGUGCAGAAGCCAGAGUUUAGGUUGUCGGCUGAGAUGCUCUUGAAUCACGCAUUUGUGGUGGGUUAUGAUGCUGAGAAAUUUGAUGAGGUGGAGAAUGUUGAUGGGCUUGGGUCGAUUUAUUGGUCUUAUAUAGUGAUGGUGAAUUGGCUAGCUGCAACUCGUGUGGUUAUUGGUCAGAAGGAAAAUGGCGUGGAUAAGAUAGUUGGGUCAAGAAUUUCCAAGGAAAGGAAAGGAGGCCGAUUCAAUUUGAGAUCGUCGUUUGUAUGUGGAACAGUGGAUGACGCCACAAGGUGUGGAUUCGCGAGCACA